UCCUGGCGCAUGCGCUCCGGAGCGCUCUCCACACGCUGGUUUUGCGUCUUCUGUACUGUACCUGAGGCGAGAGGUGUCUCGCGUUAGAGGGGCGACUUGGGACCUGGUCGCCGCCACCAUGGGUAAAACGGCUGAUUCUCUGGGUCAGGGAACCCGCCCCGACCCGGUGCGGAGCUUCAAUCGGUGGAAGAAAAAACACAGCCACAGGCAGAACCAAAAGAAGGAGCGGAGGAAGCAGCUGAAGAAGCCGGAAUGGCAGGUCGAGCGCGAGGGGAUCAGCCGCCUGAUGCAGAACUACGAGAAGAUAAAUGUAAAUGAAAUCACAAGAUUUUCAGAUUUCCCUUUGUCCAAAAAGACAUUAAAAGGUUUGCAAGAAGCUCAGUACCGCUUGGUAACAGAGAUACAGAAGCAGACCAUAGGGUUGGCUUUGCAAGGUAAAGAUGUGCUUGGAGCUGCCAAAACUGGAUCUGGCAAGACUUUGGCUUUUCUCAUUCCAGUGUUGGAAGCCUUAUACCGCCUGCAGUGGACUUCAGCAGAUGGCCUGGGGGUUCUGAUAAUUUCACCUACUCGAGAACUGGCCUAUCAGACAUUUGAGGUUCUACGCAAAGUAGGAAAGAAUCAUGACUUUUCAGCUGGUCUCAUCAUUGGUGGAAAGGAUUUGAAACAUGAAGCUGAGAGGAUCAACAGCAUAAAUAUACUCAUUUGCACACCAGGCCGACUUCUUCAACACAUGGAUGAAACAAUAUGUUUUCAUGCCACCAAUCUUCAGAUGUUAGUUCUUGAUGAGGCAGAUAGGAUCUUGGACAUGGGCUUUGCUGACACCAUGAAUGCUAUUAUUGAAAAUCUUCCCAAGAAACGCCAGACUUUACUUUUCUCAGCCACACAGACCAAGUCUGUAAAGGACCUUGCACGCUUAAGUUUGAAAGACCCUGAAUAUGUUUGGGUUCAUGAAAAAGCAAAAUACAGCACCCCUGCUACAUUGGAACAGAACUAUAUAGUUUGUGAGCUGCACCAAAAAAUCAGUGUGCUGUUUUCCUUUUUGAGAAGCCACCUAAAGAAGAAGAGUAUUGUGUUCUUUUCCAGCUGCAAAGAGGUUCAGUACCUGUACAGGGUGUUCUGCCGGCUGCGCCCAGGCAUCUCUAUCCUUGCUCUCCACGGCCGGCAACAGCAGAUGAGAAGAAUGGAGGUCUACAACGAGUUUGUCCGAAAGAGGGCGGCGGUGCUUUUUGCUACUGACAUUGCAGCCAGAGGAUUGGAUUUUCCAGCUGUGAAUUGGGUUCUUCAGUUUGAUUGUCCAGAGGAUGCUAACACGUAUAUUCACAGAGCUGGUAGAACUGCCAGAUACAAAGAGGAUGGCGAAGCUCUAUUAAUUUUACUACCCUCAGAAGAACAAGGGAUGGUGCAGCAGCUUCUCCAGAAGAAAGUGCCUGUGAAGGAGAUCAAAAUCAAUCCAGAAAAACUUAUUGAUGUGCAGAAAAAAUUAGAAUCAUUUUUAGCCCAAGAUCAAGAUUUAAAAGAAAGAGCUCAAAGGUGUUUUGUCGCCUACAUACGUUCAGUAUAUCUUAUGAAGGAUAAAGAAGUGUUUAAUGUGAGCAAGUUACCUAUUACUGAAUAUGCACUGUCUCUUGGUCUUGCUGUGGCACCACGGGUAAGAUUUCUUCAGAAAAUGGAGAAGCAGCCCACCAAAGGAUUGGUAAGGAAUCAAGUCACUGAAGCAAUUCAGCCCAGGGCUCCCUCUCUCACCAAUGAUGAAGUAGAAGAAUUUCGAGCUUAUUUCAGUGAGAAAAUGUCCAUCCUUCACAAAAGUGGAAAAGGACUAGAAGAGACAGAACACAGCUUGGCUAGUGGCGACAGUGAAGAUCAGGACGAAGACACAGCAGAUGAACAAAUGGAAGAGCAGCUGGGAAAAGCAAGAGAGCCUCAGCCUGAACCUGUUCUCAGUGUUGAGGAGGCACAGAAGGAGGUCAAGGAAGCUCCUGUGCAGUUCCUAGACAGAGAUGAUGAUGAGGAAGAUGGGCCCGAUGCUGAUUUCCUCACAGUGAAGCGGCGUGAUGUGUUUGGGUUGGAUCUUAAAGAGAAUGAAGCAUUGUCGAAAAAGGAACCUUCUAAAUCCAGUGUCAAGAAAAAAUUAACCAAAGUUGCAGAAGCAAAAAAAGUAAUGAAGAGAAAUUUUAAAGUGAAUAAGAAAAUAACAUUUACUGAUGAAGGGGAGUUGGUUCAGCAGUGGCCACAGAUUCAGAAGUCUGCAACAAAUGAUGUGGAGGAAGAAGACGACACUGGUGGCAUCAACUUAGACAGAGCAAAGGAACGGCUUCAGGAAGAGGACAAAUUCGACAAGGAAGAAUAUAGGAAGAAGAUUAAGGCAAAGCAUCGGGAAAGACGGCUCAAAGAAAGAGAAGCCAGAAGAGAAGCCAACAAAAGGCAAACAAAGGCUAGAGAUGAAGAGGAAGCCUUUCUGGACUGGAGUGAUGAAGAUGAAGGUGGGUUUGAUCCCAGCACACUUCCAGAUCCGGAUAAGUACAGAAGUUCUGAAGACUCUGAGAAUGAAGAUAUAAAACCUCAGAUGAGUGACACCAAGAAGAAGCAAGGAAUGAGGAAAAGGAGUAACCCUGAAGUGGACGAUAUACUACCAAGAAGUCAUCAUGGAAAGAAGGCCAAGUGGGAAACAUUAGAGCCUUUGGAUACAGGCCUGUCCUUAGCAGAGGAUGAAGAGCUGGUGUUACACCUGCUCAAAAGUCAAAACUAAAUAUUCUCUGUGGCUUCGUGGACUUUGAUGGACAUCAUUAUGUAGGCCAGAAGUUGAAAAGAGCUUUGGGGCACUUAGGUACUAUGUGUCCCAUUCUCAGAGGAGACAUGCUCUAACAGAAAUGAUCACAUCUCUGCGUUUCUUUCUCACAAACUGAUUUCGAAACAUCAAGAAACAUACUGAAAGUAAGGAUGUGUUGUACACUUGACCAGUAUGUGCUCUGUUAGAAUUUGGCAGUAGGCUCCUAUACCCACCACUGGAAAUGCUUAUUCUGUUUGUUUUCACAGUGCUGAGGGUUACACCAAGGCCUUGCACAUGCUAGACAAGUGCUCUACUACUGAGCUGUGUACCUAGUCCCUGUUUCUUGGUUUUACAGGCAGGUUCUGGAUCCCUUGUUCAUACCCGUCUUUCAUACAAUACAGAAAAUUUAAUGUUAUUGUUAAAUGGCUAAUAAUUUUAUGUAUAUUUCAUUAUCUCCAAAGAAACAGUAUAAUGGACCAGCCCUGACAAAGAAUGAGUAUUUUUUUUUGAGUGCACAAAAAAUAAACAUAUUUCCUAUAAUGUAAAGUACUAUUGUUUUCAUUAUGUCCAGUAAUAUGAAAGACACUCGAGGAUAGAUUCAUAAAAUUAAAACAUGUGGCAAACUCCUGAAGCAGGGUUUGUAUUGUUAAUUUAGCCUACUCAAAAGUAACACAUUGCACUUAUAUUUGGAGGUUACUGGCAGUUAUUUAUAAAUUUUCUAGCCCUCUGAAGACAUUCUUCAUGUGCUUUUUUAGCAGGUAUCAUGGGUCUGCACCUAGUUUCUGAUAGUAAGAAAAUGAGACAGAAUCUUUCUUACAAAUGCUGUCAGUUUUCAAAAAGAAAACAUGGAAACAUCUGGGCAUUGACGUAAAAUGAUUGAUUUUAAUAUAGGUUGCCACUCUCGGGAUUCUUUUCUUAACCGUCUUCCUAUCCCAUUCACACCAAGACUAGGACUGAUUUUUAGUAAUAGCUAUAAAUUCAGUCCUGACUCUUAAGGAAGAUCGAUUACACCACAGCUGAGUAUACACCACAGCUGGCUAUACACCACAGCUGGGUAUCUCAGCACUUCCAGCUGCUGUCUGUAUUUGUCUCCGAACAACUGGGUCAUCUGCCUUGUUAUUUCAGUGACCUCUUGACCAUCUUCCACAGUCAUGGUGACUGCCAGCUUUCCCUAGGCUGCUCCUGUUGAUUCCUCCUCCUUAGUGACUGGUCCUGCUUCUUCUCAGAGCUUCAGCCUUUCCUCAGAGUUUAGAGUCUCAUCUGUACUCUCCCAGACCCCUGAGAUUCUUAACUAGUCUUCUGCCAUGACAUUCUUCAACUACCUUCCCUAGGAGUUCUCUCUGUAGCCCAUAGAUCUGAGCAUGCUUCCCUUCUGUUUUCUUCUGUUACGGUGUCUGUUAUGUGAUAUAAUCAACCUUUUUCUAUGAACAUGUUAUCUGACAGUUUCCUUGAGAACAGGAUUAUAUUUUAUCAUCUAUUUUGUCCUUCAGGCCAAAAAUGGCACCUUCCCUAUAAUUCAUAAUUAGGGUUUUGAUUUAAUGACUACUCACAGUAAACCAAGAGAAAUGUAUUUACUUUUUAAUUUUUGAGAAUUUCAUACACACGCAUAUUUUAAUCAUAAUUUACUCACUGCUCUUCCUUCCAGCUCCUCCUGGGCACCACUCCCUAUUCAUAUCCCUCUUCCAACUUCAUCUCCUCCUAAGUCCAGUUAGUAUUUGACUGUGGGGCCAUCCACUGGGGUAUGGGCAACUUACAAGGGAACGCAUCUGUAAAGGAAACUGACUUCCUCGCCUAGCAUCUGUGAGCUGUAAGUAGUUGAGCUCUGACUGGGCACUCAUGUACCCCUUGCUUGGCCAUAAUGUAAUGUUGAGUGGCUCAGUCAUAUGCAGACAGUCACAGCUGCUAUGUAUUUAAGAGCGAAGCAGUCUUAUCCUAUCCAGAAGACUUAGUCUCUUAGAACCUUCCACCCUAAACCAAGAGAGCUUUUAAAGGUAUGGUGUGACACACUGUUCUGUCACCUCUGUAGGAAGGAGAGAGAGUUUAUGGACAUAAAAAUUAGUUGUAAUUACUUUAACAGAAAAGGAAAUCAGGGAUUAAAAACUUGAGAUUUUGAAAUUAGAGUUUCUGAAACAGUCUCUUGUCCUUGAAGACUUUCAAAGGUCAUCGAGUACAGGAGUACAUAAAAUGAAAGCUGACCAUUGAUUUUAUGCUGUGCCAUUUUAGUUGUUUUUCCUGAAGAGGAAUUAAGCCUAUUGGCUGCUUCUAUAUAAUUACUAGAUAGAUAUACCAUAAGGCAUUUGCUUCAUAAACCACCUUGGGUUGUGUUUUAUCUGUAGAGUCGAGUGGAUCCUUAUUAAGCAGAUCAGUGUGUUCUUUGCUAAUUUUGAAAACUGUCUGAGAGGUAGUAGUACACGGUAGCUGGGACUGCUCCUGCCAGACCUCCAUCCCCUGGACAGCGUGGACCAGAGACAGGCAUUUCUUCAGUCUAGGCCCAAGAUGCAGUCGCUUAGGUACCUCUACCCUUGCAGAACAAGAAACUCGCUGAGUCCUGGGUUAGCACACCACCAGAGAGAAACAUGUACUAAGUGAGACUAGCCAUUGGUUUAGUGUGCUAGUGAGUCCUACACUGCUGCACACUCUGUACCUGACCUGUGAGCGACGGUUUCCCUCUGCUGCUGCCGUUCAUUUAGUUGGGAGAAGGGACCAGUGCAUAAUUUUGGUGUGACAUAAAAGGAGCUGAUGGAGAAAGCACGGUGCUUGUUUGAGGGAGGGAGCUAUUGCAGGGCCUUAGGAAAGAAAAAGGACACAGUUUGUAUUUUCUAGGACCCAGAGACUAAUUCUUGCUGCUAAACCAAAGCUGAAAGGCCAUUCAUCAGACUCGCUCGUGUAAAAUAAUCCCUAAAAUUACAUAAGUCUCAGAAAGCAAAAGCCUUUGGAGAGCUGCCAUCUCAUAAGCUUACAUGGCAUUCUGGAUUUGUUUGGGGCCAUAAAAAAUGGAUAAGUUUAAUUAAACGUAAUUAAUUUUGUUAUACAACACUUGAAAUACCCUGAACACGAAGUAAUCUCUGAGCCUUGAUAUCAGAGGCUGCCAAAGGAUGCAGAUGUUCCUGUGAGGUGGUGAUGUAAGGAAAGGAGUCUGCAGCCAAGAUUUGAAAGCCUGCUUUGUAUCACUUAAGAUGAGACAUAAUCAUGAUGUGAUUGUGGUCAAGUGCCCCUGCUGAUCAGAGAGCCCAGGGCAGAUUCAUUCCACAUCACACAGUGCCGGCUGACUCAGCAGUUGACAGAGAAGCAGGGAGAGGGGAGGGACCCUUCGUUUAGCAUGUGAGAGACACUGGUGCUGAAAGCUAUGCCCAAACAGACAAAUUUGACAAAUGACAUUCUUGCUCUCAACUGAAAUUUAGAUACCAAGGAAGAAGUUUACAGGAUAGAACAGAUAGUGUAAUGAUGGACCAAAAAAAAGGGGUGGGGCUCAGGUUAUGAAUUAAACAAAUAGAUAAAUGAAGGAGGAUGCUGGCAGGAAGAUAAAGAAUACAUGCCUAAGAGAUCUAGAGGUUCUUGGGAGCCGAGGCAAUGUGGAGAAUAGUGAAUUAUAGUUAGGGAUGACUGGGCAAGGCCUACUGCAAUGAUUCAUCUUCAUUCAACUUGAUUGGAUUGAGAAGCUUCUGCUUAAGUUAUAGCAUACCUCUUUGUAUGUCUGUGAAGUUGUUUCCAAGGUCAAACAGAUUAUGAAUCACUUAAAUCCAUUGAUAAAAUUCAAAAUUUUAAUGCACUGUUGGGGAAUGGUAGAACUUCAGAAGAUGAAGUCUAUUCUGGCAAGUUCUGACCUCUUCUGUUACAGCAUGGCUGCUGUGCCAUGGCAUGAGUACCUCUGUGAUAGCCUCACAUUAUGAUGGGCUGAAACCUCGCAAACCAUGAGCAGUGUAAGUACUUCCUUGUUUCUGCUGGGCAUCUGCUCACAGUAACAACAAAACUAAUACACCUCCUGACUCACUCCUGUACUUGACCUUUUUUUAUCCCAAAUUGACUCUCUAGUAUUUGUGUUCAUGAAGUUUGAUAAGAAAAAGUUUCUCCAAUGUUCAGACAUUAACUAGAAGGCUCUAAGGAUAGAAGGGAAGGGAGACUGGGAAAAUGGCAAAAGACCAUUUUACAUUCUUGAAUGUAUGCUAAAACCUAAACCGACACCUUACUUACAUCACCAACCCAUCCAGAAACCACGUUGACCUCUCUGUGCUGGCUGACCUCCUCUGCAGUUUUCUCUUCACAUAGCCCUUCCCGUCCUUGCUAUAGCCAGUGAAGAUUCACUACAAACGAUGUAUAUCUUCCUCUAAUCUUUUAAUAGAAAAUGUUCUUUCCUCUUUUGGCCUAACAGAUACUUUUCCAAAUAGUACUUGCCCUUGCUGCUGGGAGCUCUGGAAACUUGUCUUAGAAGCAGUCCUUUGAGGGAUAGUAUCAGCAGUGCUUCAAUAAAACCAUUUUAUUUCAGGGACCCCUUAUUCUCAAGAGUAAUAAGCUAACGAUUGUUCAUGGGUCCUAUUAGAUUUCUGAGACAGAGACUUUCUCAUUUCUGCCUGAGAUGUGAGAUCCUAUAACCUGAACUAGUCUGAGUGAAUCUUUCGUGGCUUUUUUUCCCCUCUCAAAAAUCUUUAAUAAAAUGUAGAAGAAAAAAAAAAAAAAUGUGAUGCUUCUUGGGUUGCAGCUUACAAAAUAACCACCAGGGAAUUUUCAAAUUCUAGACUGGGAUCCAGCAGGUCUCGGGUGGGACCUGGAAUUAUGCAUUUCUACCAAGCUUCCAGAGGGUGCUGUUGGCCCAUGGCUAUUUUUGAGGCUGUAAUGGAAUUCAGAGUUAUUAAAUCAUUGUUCACAAACAGGUAUUCUAUCAAAGUCCCAGCAGGAAACAGAUGGUGCCCACAAAUUAGGAUAAUCCUAAGGAGGGCUGUGUUAAUAAAAACUUUAUUUACAUAUAAGAGAGCAGAGUAAGAGAAUCACAAAAGCUUGUCUACCUUAAGGCUACUAAUAGAGGUGUUACCCCACCUUGAGGACUUGAGGAAGCUAGUGACUAAAACCCAGUAGGAAAGAGUAGACACACAGCUGUGUUAUGACCUUCAAGUUGAAAUACACACGCAGCAGGUAGGUGAGUGGCUGAAAAGGACCAAGGGAGUAAAUGCUGACCUUGCUGUCUUUGCUAGACUAGUUGGUGGCCUUCACCGAUCCAGCCCUACUAAAAGUCUGAGAGCAGAUUGCCUCCCAGGAAGCAGGAUGGAGAAUGGUGUAUGGGGAUAAGCAGGAGAAAUGCUCACAGAUACAGGUCAUAAAUAGAUGGAAUUAUAACCAAAUGUAGUAGCUGCGCAUGUUGAUGAGUAUGAAGCCCAAACAAGUAUGGCCAAGAGUUAAGAGUUGAAAAGGCAAAGGGGAUAGGGAAGCACCAGAGUUAAUUCCAAAUGAAAGAAGCAUGUGGCUAAUAUUGCCGAGCUGUGCUCCCAUGCAAAAGCAUUUGAGGCAGGCACAUUUCAGAGCAUUUUCAGCUUUAUGUGUGCAUGACCCAGUGUGCUGGUUUAAGGUCAUAGGUCAAAGUGGCAGGGAGGAACAUUUUGAACAUGUUUAAUUCAUAUCUUCGAUAGUGGACAGGAAUACUUUGGGGCAUACUUAAACCCCACCAUUCCCACCCCCAAAAAAGAAAAGAUUUUAGCUGUAGCCACAGGAAGGACAGAGUUUCCCCUAGGAGUGUCUGCCUCACUUAGCUGCUAACAGAUGCUCCUUGAGGGAGGAGGAAAGUGCUUCUUGUGGACUCCCUCCCUCAUCACCUCUGUACCAGUCUCAGUAUGGGAUGCAGCAAGGGUGGACAGUAAACAAAGAUGCACAGGACACAUUUGUACAGCAAAGUGCAACGGCAACUGGAUGGACAGCAAGGGUGGGGGCAUGGAUGAGUCUGGUAGGUGUAAAGUCUGAAGGCUAAGUUUGCAGACGCAUUAGCAGUAGAAGAGUGUCCAACCAUGUGGGCCCCCUCACUGUCAAAUUCAGGGCCACCGUUCUUCAGUGAACCUUUGGUGUUGCUUCUUCUUCCUCCCCUCUCUUUGUAAACUCGCAAAGCUUCUCCCUCACCCUUGCUUUGGGUUUCACUAAGAAGGACACAGUCCAAAGAGAACUUGCCCAGCUGCCAAUCGAUGUCCAUCUGCUUCUGGCACCUGAGCUGUGUACGCUCUGGUCCCCCCUGCUUCUCGUAUGUCAGACUCCAUCUAUCUAGUCUGCUUAGGAUUACCACUGCUUCAGGUGUCUCCUUCAUUACUAAGUUUUCUUUUCUACUGGGUUAGGGGACAAAUAUGUCUCCUGGAAUAUGUCCCUUCUAAAAAAGAAAAGCUAAAACUAAAGGUUUGAUUCCCUCCCUGUUACCUUAAAUCACUUUCCCAAGUGUAUCCAACCUUUUGACAUUGCAACAUGAUUUCAUCUAGAAAGUUUGCAUUUGAAAAUCACAUAAUCAAAUUAUGAAAAAAAUAGUCACAGAAAAUCUCAUAAUGUUUUCAUUAAGUUUAUGGUUUUAAUCCGUUGACUUACAGGUAAAUGGUUCAAUUGUGGUAUGACACAUACAGUGAAUUAUUAUUCAACAAGAAAAAAAGAAUAUGCCAUUGACUUGAGUUCUCUGUGGACUGACCUCAGGAUAAUGAUGAUGAGUAACAGACAAUUCAUGGCUGUCCUAGGGCACAUGUUGCUCAUAGUUCAAGGCCUGCCAGCACCACAUGUUCGAGUGGGUUAGUAUCCCUUCACUUACCUUAAAAAACAACAACAAAAAAACUUCUAAUGCUUUUCUUAAGUGGCUAUUAUCAUUGUAUCUAUAGUGUGUGAAAGACCUACUUCUCCACCCAUUACUUGAUGUGGUAUGUCAUUUUAAUGGAUUCUUAGUGGUAUCACAUUAUGACUUUCAUUGUCCCAACAACUGAAAACAGAGCAGGUUUUCCAUGUGCUUUUGUGUCAUAUCUGUAUCUUUCUUUGGUGAAAUAUCUGUUUCAUAUUUUGCUAAUUAUUUUUAUUAGGAAUCUUUGAGAAUUUAGAAGCUGGAUAUUCCAGAUGCAAGUUCUUUAUUGCAUAUAUGAUUUUCAAAUCUUUUCGCUGAGUUUCUCUUUCUUAUGCAUUUAUCUCCUAGCUGUCUU